GCCGUCCAAUGAGCUCAGACAGUCUCCUCAUGUCGACUUUUCUGCGGCAAGUACGGAGUUUAGAUACAGUGCUGUUCUGCACUGAUGCGGGAAUAAAGACGGCCACCAGUCGUCAACGUUAAACACAAAGACGCAGACUUAUAAGUUUAAUAAUCAUUUGAGUAAAUGGGAUUCAACGUCUUCCGAACAGAAUGUAAAGAAUUCCUUGAAGGAUGUGGGGAAUUGAAGGCUCGUGCGCUGCGCUGUUAUUGUUUUUGGCUUAUAUCUCCGUUUCCUCGGUUAACGCCGACAGUUUAUCUGCUCCGCUCAAUGUGACCAUCAAAGCAUUGGAGGGGAACUCAGCGAUAGUGACAUGGGAGAUUCUGGAGGGAGACCCAGUCAUUGGGUUUGCCAUCACCCAGCAGAAGAAGGACGUUCGUAUGCUGCGAUUCAUCCAGGAAGUGAACACCACCACUCGUUCAUGUGCAUUGUGGGACUUGGAGGAAGACACAGAGUACAUUGUGCAUGUGCAGUCCAUUAGCAUGAGCGGCACCAGCCCCCCGAGUGAACCUGUUCUCUUCCGCACUCCCAAAGAGUCAGAGAAACUGGCCUCAAAAAGCCCAGAUGAAGUGACCAUGGAGGAGGUUGGCCAGGCCGCCCAGCUCAGGGCUGGAGAGCUCAUUAUCAUUGUGGUGGUUCUCGUCAUGUGGGCAGGUGUGAUAGCUCUGUUCUGCCGCCAGUAUGACAUCAUCAAAGACAACGAGCCCAACAAUAACAAGGACAAAGCCAAGAACUCUUCCGAGUGCAGUACCCCAGAGCACCCUACGGGGGGACUACUGCGCAGCAAGGUCUAAUUCAGCCUUCCCCUGUCGGCAAUAAUAGGCUUUAGCCUCAGGACAGUGCUCCGAGACAAAACAAGUAAGCCAUCAAAUCACAAAGUUGUGAAGCCCACCUCUCAUCCUCAAUCAAACAACCUUUAAGUAUUCCCAUCGACCAACAUGAACUCUUUGGUGCUUGUCUGUUUGGGACAUUGAGACAAACUUGAGGAUGAAAUGGACAGGAUGGUUCCAGAACUGCAAUGCUGGAAGUUUCAGCCGUUUGAAGUGAGUUGUUGAGUUUCGAUCUACAGCUGCCUCAGCUGAAGGACUCAAACCCUGCUGUGAGCUGGAAGACCAGAGACGUCGUGCCACCAGGAGUGUCUUUGGCUCCUGUGUAGGCUCGCAGAGAUAAGGAGAAACCUGCCACCCCGUAUAAACCUUAAAUAAACCAGGAAGCUGCGUUUGAAAAAUGCUCUUCCUUCUUUUUCAC